CCGGGCUGGGUCCCCCUCGGGGCCGGGGUCCCCAAACCGAGCCCCCCCCCCAGGGCGGGAGUGGGACAACGACUCCAACCCCUCCUCCCCAGGGCCGGAGUACACGGGCCCGAGGCUGUACAAGGAACCCACGGCCAGGUCGAACCGGCCGCUGAUCCAGAACGCCCUGGCCCACUGCGUCCUGGCCGGGACCCCCAAUGCCCCCCUGAGGGCCAAAGUGCUGCAGGAGAUGGAACAAAGCUCAGCCCAACAGCUCCUGAUCCUAUUCCGGGACGGGGGCUGCCAAUUCCGGGGCGUUUACGCUUUGGGGGGGAUCCCCCCGACCCUAAAACGCCUUUCGGGGUCGGGACCCCGCAGCGUCCCCCUGCCCAUGGUGGAGGCUCUGUACAAAUACCAGUCGGACCAGCGGCGCUUCUGCCGCCUCCCGGCACGCACCAUGAGCGGCAGCGUGGACGCCUUCACCAUCCCCGGCCACCUCUGGCACCCCAAAAAACCCGGCACCCCAAAAUAAACCGGGGGUGAAACCCCAAAAAAAGCGGGGAGACCCCAAAUCCCAUCCCACUCUGCACUCGGUG